GCUUCCCGGGUCCCGGCCGGGCGCGGGGGCUGCGAGUCCCGGGGGGCGCCGGGGCCGCCCCAGCGCCUUCUCCUCCCCUUCCUUCCCCUCCCCUCCCCUCCCCUCCCCUCCCCUCCCCGAGCCCCCGCGGCAGGAGGAAGUCCCGGUGCGGCUCCCGCCAGCCCCAGCCUCCUGCGGGCUGCGCUCGCCAGCCGCGCUGCCCGCACGGACCGACGGACGGACGGACGGACGGACGGACGGACGGACGGACGGACGGACGGACUGACUGCGGGGAGGAAGGCGCGGCCAUGCAGCCCCGGGCGCUGCUGUGCGCCCUGGUGCUGCUGUGCUGCCCGGCGGCCCGGCCAGGCUUCCCAAAUAACAGCAGCCUCAUGAUACCAGGCCCCAGAACUUUUUCCAUUCGUUCUUCUCUCAGUCCAGAGGCUGAUCUUAUACCUAUUGAUGAUACUGAAAAUUACUUGGAAGUUGGAUCAGGAGACACCAAUCAGACUGGAUCAUUCCCACAUGGACAGCGAAUGAUGUCAGUUCAAACAGCAAGAUACCUCACUAGUCCAUGGCUGACUCGUUUUGUUCCUUCAGUUUACACCCUAGUGCUUGUGCUGAGUCUCCCUCUGAACAUUACAGCGAUACUUGUGUUUCUGAAAAAGAUGAAAAUUGAAAAGCCAGCUGUAAUAUACAUGCUGAAUUUGGCCCUUGCAGAUGUUCUCUUUGUAAGUGUGCUUCCAUUUAAGAUUGUUUAUCACUUUUCUGGAAAUGACUGGGUUUUUGGGCCUCACAUGUGCCGUUUCAUCACUGCUGCCUUCUUCUGCAACAUGUACUGCUCAGUAAUGCUUAUGACCAGCAUAAGCUUCGAUCGCUUCCUGGCAGUGGUGUACCCCAUGCAGUCCUUGGGGUGGCGUACCCUGCCUCGUGCCUCUCUCAUCUGCUUCAUCAUAUGGCUUUUAGCAAUAGCUGGGGUUAUUCCUUUUCUCCUGCGAGAGCAAACAAUGGAAAUACCCAGGUUAAACAUCACUACCUGCCAUGAUGUGCUGGGAGAAUCCGAACUUCAAGACUAUUAUGUCCACUUCUUCUCUGUCUUCUCUUCCGUGUUUUUCAUUGUGCCAUUUAUAAUUUCUACUGUCUGUUACAUGUGUAUCAUUCGCUGUCUUAGUUCUUCCACCAUUGUUGCAAAGCAAAACAAGAAGACACGUGCCUUGCUCUUGUGUGUGGCUGUUUUUUCUGUUUUCAUUAUUUGCUUUGGACCAACAAAUAUUCUUCUCUUAAUUCAUUAUAUUCAUUUUUCAUUUGACAGCAACUUAGAGUAUCUCUACUUCGCGUAUCUACUGUGUGUUUCUAUCAGCAGCAUCAGCUGCUGCAUUGACCCCUUUAUUUACUACUAUGCUUCUUCUCAGUAUCAGAGACAAUUUUUCAGUCUCUUCAAUUGUAAAAAGACUUUUGAUCCUAACAGUAGCAACAGCAGCGGCCAGUUGAUGUCUACCACUAGUAGCAGAAGGGCUACAUUGACUACUAACGUGAAUAACAGUGUCUAUAGGAAAUUACUAGCAAUGCACUGACAUAACAUGUCUCAUAUUGUUUAAUUUUUGCACAGUUGAAAACAAAAAGAAGCCUGUUAUAUCCAAGAAAUGCAAAAUCUUAAACCAAGUUGUUGUAUGAUACAUGGCUUUAUGGAUUCAAUAUAGUAAUACACAAUUCAAAUUAAAACUCUGUGUGUGUGUGCAUAGAUAUAUAUAAAUAUGUAUAGUAUAUGUAAAUAAGUUAAUGUAGAGGGGAAAAAUAAUUUCUUAAUAAUAGUUUUCGAGUGUUUUUCAAAUAAACUUUUUUCAGAUAAAUCCUUUGCAUUGUUCCAUUUAUUGUAGAAAUCCCAUUUUAAUAUUUUGAACUGUAUCGAUCAGGUUGAAUAAAUUCCUUUAUGUGGAAUCACUCCAUCCACCCAAUUGUUCCUGAAAAAAAGUGAAAAUAUCUUUCCAGGCUUUUUUUUUUCCCCUCCUAUAUGUCAUUAUUUCUAGAAUUAUCUAUUAAAUUUUCUUAGCAUUAUUUUGAAUCUUAGACACUGAAAUUGUUAAUGUUUAUGUUUUUACAUAUUUCACUUCAAAACAGUCUGUAUGGUUUUUGGAAUGUGAGGAACCAAAACCCAGCUAUUGUUUGUUGCAGUGUGUGACAUGGGAGGUGAUUUCCAGCAGCUAGAGCUAGCUUGUUUUUUGUGUUCCUACCAUUAGCAUAUGCUGGGUGUUUUGGUUAGGAAUGUAGUAUUUUUGACAAUUAGUUUCACAAAAAUUUGUGAGAUUUAGUUUCACAAUAAAUCAAUGGGUCUC